AUGGUUAAUGCAAUCAAGGGGCUGUUCAUCUCCUGUGAUAUACCGAUGGCUCAGUUCAUUGUUAAUAUGAAUGCGUCAAUGCCCGCAUCGGAGAAGUUCAUCGUGCACAUUCUUGACCCCACACACAUGUUUAUCCAGCCUAAUAUGGGAGAUUACAUCAAAAGUAAGAUGGCGGAGUUCAGAGAUCAGAACAGCUACGAGAAGCCAACAUGA